AUGGAGGAGGGAGGUGUUAAGAGACUGUCCGGGUGGCGAAGGCUGCGGAAUUGGUUUUCCAAGAAGAGGAAUUGGUUUUCCAAGAAGAGGAAUUGGUUUGCCAAGAAGACGUCCAAAGUGUCUAUAGCCAUCCAGCAACCAGAUGUGGGCGCCCUGGAAAACCAGGCCGUAGAGGACGCCUGCAGGGAUGCAGGCAGCCCAAAGAUGGAGCAGAAUGGUGUCCUCCUGGAUCCAGCAGAUUAUCCAGGGCACUGCGCUUUCCUCGGCAGCCUUCUUGCAGUGCCCAACAACUGGAUGGAAAUAACAGCUGAUUUCCUGAGCGACGCUUUCAGGAAGGUUUUAGCAGAAAUGCAGUGCCUGGACAGUUACGUGUCCCUGGCCAUUGAGGACUACCUGAUCCAUUACCUAAGCCGGCACCGGGGAGAGCUCCGCGGUGCAGGUUCUUUCCCAAAUGCUGCCGUUUUCCUGGCCUGCAGCAUCACCAAAAAGGUCAUCACAAAACUAUGCCACGCCUCCGAAAGGAUCGAUUCUGACUCCCUCCCCGAGCGGGACAGCAGAGGAGUCGAAAUAAUGCACGAGGACUCCCCAAACCAAGAAACCCGCAUUUAUGAUGUCUUCAGAGCGUGGGGCCCCGUGGCCUAUGAAGGAGCAUUGGUGACAGCCUCUGAAGUGGUGGAGGUCAUAGAGGAAGUGCUCGAGGAGUUUUCAGCUUUCCUCGAGCACAGGAUACCUGUCAGCUCAGACCUGUCUUUCGGGGACUGUAGGCGGAACCAGCCAGAGCCACGCAGGUCCCCUCCCCACUACUCACGGCGUCCGUUCCCCUUCCAGGAGGUCAGGGUGCCCAUCUACACUCUUGAGGCCCACGCGGAAAAAGUGGCCAUCGCACUCCUGCAAAUGAUGAAGCGGUCAUUCGACCAGAUGAUGACAUCUGCUGCCAUCCGGCAAAGCCUAUUCUUUGAAAGCCAACUGAUAGAUCUGAUCCUAGCAAACUUCCGACCCUUCGAAGACCUUUGGGACAUGCUGCGGCAGAUACAGCCAAGCCCUCCUUCUGCUGCAGCAGACAUCGGAGAGUGGCAGGGGACACCUCCCGGGGAAGAUGGGCCAAGGGCGUUCAGUGCGCAGGGGAGUGAAGACGCGGCAGCAGCAGGAGAAGCAUCACCCAGUGAGCCAGCUCCUCCCCUCGGGGACGUGGAUGGACGUGCUGCUCCCACGCCUCUGGAGGAAAUUCUUCUCUACUCUACCCCCAGCGUCAGUCUCGACGAGACAUCUUCAGUUAUCAGCAUGUCACCUACUCUUGACUCCGAAGAUGAUUGUCUUCCUUGUGCUGGUUGCAGUCCGGAACAACAAACCUGAACCUGAACCAGGGAGUCAGAAUCGUUCCUUUUGGAGGCAUGACAUCUUUUAGAAACUAGCUUUUUGGUGAUGCUGCCAGGCAGAGUGGAAAGAAGUGACACUAACUAGUCCUGGCAGCCUAGGAAAUGUGGCGGGUCAGCUGCAAGCCUGCCAUCAUCCAGAAACCAUGGCUCAGAGGGUUGAUGAUGGCCCUGGACCGGUAGAAACAAAGAUGGCAAACCCCUGUGGAUGCAGCCAUGACCCCGAUGCCAACAACUUCCUGCCCACACAGCACACAGGCAGGGAGCCAAGGCCACCAGCU